AUGCCAACUACCGAUAAAACAAAUCUUCUUUUCUCUAAAAUUAGAGUUAUGACUGGUCCAUGCUCAAAAUUAUUUCUAUCAGCUGUCAGGGAAGCUAGAGAUGACAAUAAAAGAAGAAAUAAUAUUGCUGCUUCAACUACCAGUUUAUCACAAUCUCUUAUUAUAACUGAAGAGAAUACUAAAAACUUUGAACUACAUACUCCAAACAAUAUAAGUAAUAAUUCUCAAAAUAAUAAAAGUACUAAAAGUAUUUAUAAAAAAAAUCAUAAUAAAAUAAAACCAAGAUAUCAUGGAUCAAUGGAUUCCUUAAAUACAGAUGGCGGUGGUAAUAAAACCAAUAAUCCAUGUAUUUUACCAUUACCUCUUCUUCAAAUGGCAAGUUCUAAUCAACAAGGCACAUCUACAAAUUCACCUUUUCCAUCUGCUGCCAAUUUUCCUAGAACUCCACAAAUUUUAAUUGAUCCUAAUACUGGACAACAAUAUAUUAUUCCAGCUCCACAACCACAAAUAUACUAUCAACCAGUGUACAUUCCGGCACAAACAGCUCAACCAAAUCAGGGGCAACAAAUUUAUUUUACAUCAUCACAAAAUGGUCAAAUUCAGGCACAACCAUUUAUUCUUCCUGCUCAGACAACUUCUACUACCGGGUAUCUUUACACUCCAAGAAAUACCAAUCAAGGAUCAAAUGUGUCGACACCUGUUUUAGGACAACAUAAUAAUGAAUCACAACAAUCAUUUACAUGUGAUGCAUUUUCUAGACUAUCUAAUAAUUCUAAUGGCAGUAUCAAGGACAAUUCAGAAACACCAUUAUCUAGUAGAAUUAAUCAAGGUAAUUUGUUAACAACAACAUUUGCUCAAAUGAAAAUAUCACAACAAAAUCGUAGAAAAGGUUCAGUAGAACAGUUAUCACAAAUGUCUCCAUCUGUAGAUGAUAGUAAAAAUUUAUCAAGACCAACAUUAAAUUGGAAUUCACCAAAACGAGAAACUGGUAAUGGAAUUAAUGAUGAUAUAUCUAAAACAACUCCAAAUUCACCAACAAAAUAUGUAUCAAAAAGGACACCAUUUCAUAGUGGUAAUCUUCCAGAAAAUGAAACUAAAGAUAAAAAUAAUAAAGAUGAGGUAAAAGAACCAACAACACCAAUAACUAUACAAAAACCAGUUAGAAUUGAUUUUGAUUUUGGAAAAAUAGAAGAUAAUGAAGAAAAAAAAGAACAAACUAAGACACCUGUAUGUCGUGUUCCACCAACUGCAUUUACAAUAAGUUUUGAUGAUGAUGAAAAUAAUACAAAUGAUGGUUGUGCAAAUAAGAAAAAUAAACCAAAAAAUUUACAGGAAGCUAGGAUGAAAAAACUUAAUUCAAUGAGAAAUGAAAAUUUAAAUAAUGGUGGGCAAAAAUUAAAUAAUAAAAAGGCAAAUAAAAAUGAUAGUGAUAAUAAUUCAACAACCUCUGAAGAUCCAAAAAGAUAUUUAUUAACUAAACUUUUACAAGGUUCAAGUGGUAAGGUAGCUGCUAAAAUGAUAUCAAAUAAUUUAAUAUCAUCUUCUGGAAAUAAAUCAAUUGGUAGUAUUGGAAGAGGUGAAGAUACAUUAUCAGAUGCUGGUACUUAUGUUGUUAGUAAUGAUAAUAAAAAAGAAGUUUCUAUGUCAAAAGUAAUUGAUUCAGAUGAUGAGGAUUCAAUUCAUAGAAGUGAAAGUGAAUAUAAUUGUAAUUUUAAUGAAGAAGAUGAAGAUGGUUAUAGAUCAUCCUCACCAAUAAGUAAUUUUAAAAAACAAAAUGCUAAAAGUUGUAGUAAUGAAUCAUCUUCUGGUAAAAGUCAUACUUCUGAUUGUACAAUUAAAUCAAGAAAUGUAUUUACUUAUGAUAAUGAUAAUAAACAAAAAUGUACUUAUUUAACACCAGCAUAUUCAAAUAAAUGUCAUCAACAACAAUCAACAAAUAAUGGUACAUCAAAAAUAAAAAAAGAAAGUCAAAUAGGAACAAAAAAAACUUCUUCAACAGGUGGUACACCAACAAAACAAUCUUCUAAAUCAGGAAGUGGAAAAACAACUAAUACACCAUCUGUUAUAGUUAAACAAACAGUUGCUUCUAUGGCAAGGCAGGCAAUGAAUCAUUCAAUUGUUGAAAAUAAGGCAGAUAAUCGUAGUCGUGGUAUAUCAUCUACCACAGGAACAUCAAAUACCAGUAGUAAUUUUAGAAGAGCAGAUGGUGGAAGAUUUUCAAUGCGUGGUUCUGGAACUCCAACAUCUACUCAAAAACCACCAUUUAAAACAGGUGUUGCUUCAGCACGUGGAUCAUCAACAGCAUCUCCCAGAGAAAGUAAUGAAUUUGCUGCCUGGCUUCGUCGAAAAGACUACAACCCAAUGAAGGCUGCAGCUGAGGCAAAAAAGAUGAAAGAAUUAAAAUCACGUCUUAUAGAUAUAAAAAAAUAUAAAAAUAAAAUUGAUGAAUGUAUUAAUUUUAAUGAUAAUAUAUGUCACGACAAUACGGAUUCAUAUGGUUCAACAAGAUCAAUUUCUUUUCAUCAUGGUGCAACAACAUCAAAAGAUAGUAGUUUAAUAGGUGAUAAAAGUAAUAUUUCAUCACGUUUUUCUACUUCAAAUUCAAGACUUGCGAAUAAAACAUUAUCUAAAGAUAAUGAUAUUAUGAUGACAUCAAUGGAUUCUAUAAAUGAGAAUGAUGAUGAUGAUGAGAUUCAUGGAGAAAAACAAAUGAAUAUUUUACCAUCUCCAUUUACAUCAACACAAUCAUUACAUUUAUCAAAGGCUGUAGAUGAGUUAACAUUUAAAUGUCAAAAAUCAAUUCAACUAAUAAAAUUAUUUUCUGGUCAAGGAUUAUCUGAGUCAAUGGAAAAUUUAAUUGAAGAUGUCAUAUCUCCUGAUAGUAUAAAUAAAGAUGAAAAAGGAGUAAUGGCAGAUGAGGAUCUUGGUCAUCGUUUAGAAAAUCUAAACACUGCAUUUGAUGCAAUUCAAAAAUGUUUAGAAGGUUUUCAUAAAGAAAUGAGAAUAGGAAGUCCUAUGGUUUCUAGACGAAAUAAUAUAAAUAAUGAUCUUAAUUCAGAAACAACAACUUCUUCACAAUAUCAAGAUAAAAGAAGUAACAAUGGACAGUCUAGAAAUUCUUUGACUUCUAUUGGUAGUAGUGAAGACAGUGAAAAAAUUACUUAUUAA